UGCACAGGCGUGGAAUGCUUGCCCCAGCGAGGUCCCAAGUGGAGCUAAGAAGUUGGGUUGGAGCGGAGGUGGCGGCAAAGGACCAGGUCGCGCCUCGAAGAGGCAGUGAAGCUGAACUGCACGGCGAAGAUCAUGCAAGCAGUGGCGCUUGGCGCCCUCCAGCAGGCGACGCCCCGAUCUGGCGCAUCAUCUGCUUACCGGGAUGAGCAGUCACUGCCUGAAUUCAACGGGGCUUGUUUCCAGAUGCACCCUGUGCUGAAAGCCUUUGUUUGUGGUUCCAUUAGUGGUACCUGCUCCACUCUUCUAUUCCAGCCUCUAGACCUGCUUAAAACUCGGCUGCAGACCCUGCAACCAUCUGUCAAUGGGUUGGGUCGUGUUGGGAUGGUAACUUUGCUCUUUAAGGUUUUUCGCACAGAAAGUUUCCUAGGGCUAUGGAAGGGUACUUCUCCUUCAUUCAUAAGAUGCAUCCCAGGGGUGGGAAUCUACUUCAGCACCUUGUAUGUGACCAAACAGAGCUUUCUGCAGGGUCGUUCACCUACAGCCCUGGAGUCUGUUCUCUUGGGUGGAGCCUCACGCACUGUAGCGAUUAUUUGCAUGUUGCCUAUCACCGUGGUGAAAACGCGAUACGAGAGUGGAAGGUAUGGCUAUGAAAGUGUGCAUGGAGCUUUGAGAAGUAUCUAUCGGUCGGAAGGUGUCCAAGGCUUGUUUAGUGGCUUGACAGCAACUCUCCUUCGAGAUGCACCCUUUUCUGGCAUUUAUCUGAUGUUUUACCUGCAGACCAAAAAGCUCAUAUCCUAUGACCAGUUGGAUCCACUGAUCACACCUUUAGUGAACUUUGGCUGUGGAGCCAUUGCUGGGAUUCUGGCAUCACUGGCUACUCAGCCUGCUGAUGUCAUCAAAACUCAUAUGCAGCUGUCAUCUGAGAAAUACCUCCGAACGAGCCAAGUGAUUGCCUUAAUCUUCAGGGAUUAUGGGUUGGUCGGCUUCUUCUGUGGUGCCGUCCCAAGGACCUUAAGACGCACACUGAUGGCAGCAAUGGCUUGGACUGUAUACGAACAAAUGAUGGCUAAAAUGGGUUUGAAAUCUUGAGCCACUUGAAUAGAAAGACACUCAAUCAAACUCUGUCUUCUCCCACUCACUGUGAAAGACUGGUGUUCAGAACAAUUCCAUCUGGGAGGUGACUUGUAUCCACUUCUGGGGAUGCAUGACCUGACUUGUAAGGCAGUCAGUGGACUAGGCUGAUAAAUCUUCCUCUUAGAGAUGGGAGAGAGUGGAAUGAAAUAUUGCUUUGGUUGUGAUGGCAAAAGCAUUCCAGGAAGACCCUGAGAUAUGAGGAGUGUGUAAGCUGUGCUGCUGAGGCUCGGCUUCUUCAGAAGGAGCCUUUUCGGAGAGCACACAAGAAAGACUAUUGGAGAGGAAAAGUUGGCAUUUGGGACUUCUGAAUCAUAAAAACCUCAUCACCCACUGUGGCGACUUCAGUCUCCUAGACUGCAUGCUCCCUCUCCUGUCUGUUGUCCUCUUCUCUUGCUUGUACACCAAACCAAAAAAUAGGGUACAGAGGGCAAUCUUACAAAGAUUGCACCAAGCCCCUCCCUUCCAUAGCUUACCUAGCAUAAUCGUUAGUGUGUUUAAGUUUUAGAAUUGGUGAACGUUGUGACUGAAAGCAACGCCAGGAAACACUCUAUCUUGCCAUUCCUUAUUGAAAACUAGUGUACUGCAGGGAGAUCCCAAACCUGGGUGCCUAGAUGUUGUAGAAAUACAACUCCCAUCAUCCCCAACCACACUGGUGAUGAUCACUGUGGAUGGGAAUGGAGCUGUGGUCCAACAACACCUGGGGGCCCAAGGCUGAGAAACCUGAAGCUGUAGGUUUCAUUUAUAUGUCAUUUGUUUCUUUUUAAUGGCUCAUGUGAUCCCCUUAAACGCCUUGAUUUUCUUCCUCCAAAUGUGCAUGAAGUGGAGGGGGAAACAAAACUAUUGAAGAAACUUCAGAAUCAAAUACUGACACUAAUCCCUUGAAACUAAGACGUUCUUGGUCUACCUGUUAUUGGGCAGCUGUCUUCAACAAAGCUGGUUCUGAUAUCUUGUAUUCCCCGCCCCACCCCCCCAGCAGAGUCUUACCUGGCCUUGCUUACUCUGCACUCCUUACUUGAAGAACCAGCUUUUGCAGCUAUGUUGCAAUGCUAGAGUUAGCUUUAGGAGAAUCGUUUAUGAUGGUUGGCAAAAAUAAGGGGAGGCAGAGGCCCGGUCUGAAAUACUGGAAUGUAAUAUCCAGCAUGGCUCCUGCUAAUCUCCUAGGGCAGUGCUUUCCACAUUAAGGGGGAAAUCUCCAUGUCCUCUUCUCUAAUGUUUGAGACUUAGAAGCCUCUUUGGAAAACCACCCUUAUUUAUUUAGAUUCUGAAGGAACUCCACUUAACUUCUGAGUGCUCGAACAACCUAGUCCUGCUCUGUUUCUUCAUAGUGUGUUUCUUUUAAAACACUGAUUUUUUAAAAAUGUUCCAUUUUAAAGAAUUAAAAAAUAAAAACAUCUGCUUUCCCUGUU